AUGUCGUCCAGUAAUGGUGGUGCGCCGAAGCGCAGCCUGAGGAACAAGCUAUUCCACCCUUUCAACCACAAAGCAAGCGAGAAGAUCGAAGAGAUACAGGAGAAGCUCGAGCAUACGAAGCUGGGCGACGCACAUAUCAAGGCUGUCCACGUCAAGAACAAGCUUGGAAAGUUUACUAAUCUGGUCAAUGCCAACCAUCGACAUGACGAAGAUCACGAGAAGGCAACGGAUGCGAAGCGGAGUCGCGUCGCAGAAAGCCACCGAUUCGAAUCUUUUGCGCCAGAGAGAGACGGCAAUCUGGUGAAGUGGUAUGUGGACGGAAGGGAUUACUUUUGGGCUGUUGCGGAAGCGUUGGAACAGGCGAAGGAGACCAUAUAUAUUGCUGACUGGUGGCUUUCUCCUGAAUUGUUCUUGAAACGGCCUCCCUUCUACAAUCAGAAGUCUCGAUUGGAUCAGAUUCUCAAACGUCGUGCGCAAGCUGGUGUCAAGAUCUAUAUCUCUGUAUACAAGGAGGUGAGCGCAGCACUCACUUGCAACAGUCAACACACCAAGAAAGCUCUAAUGAACGAUCUCUUCGAGAAAGAUGAGCCCGGCUAUGGUAACAUCCGUGUCAUGAGACAUCCUGAUCACAACGUCUUUGAAAAUGCCUCGGAUAUGACGUUCUACUGGGCACAUCACGAGAAGUUCAUUGUCAUCGACUAUGAUAUGGCGUUCAUCGGCGGAUUGGAUCUCUGUUACGGACGAUGGGACGAAAAGCAACAUCCACUUUCCGAUGUACAUCCCUCGGGAAUUCAGAACCAAAUCUUCCCAGGCCAGGACUUCAAUAACAACCGCAUUCUGGAUUUCGAGGGCGUUGAGGACUGGAGAUCCAACAAAUUGAACAAGCUCGAGUACGGCCGUAUGCCGUGGCACGAUGUCUCUAUGGGCAUCAUCGGUCCGGCUGUCUAUGACAUUGCGGAACAUUUCGCCUUGAGGUGGAACUUCGUAAAACGCGAGAAGUACAAGCGUGAUGAACGAUACGAUUGGCUUACUUUGGAAGGCCGGGAGGGCGAAGAUGAAGAUCUCAUUGGAGUACAGAGGCCGAAGUACCCCGUUGGAGACUACGUCCAUCACCCCCAGACUCCACUCAGAUCAAAGAACCUCGACAACCGUGGAACUGUCCAUGCGCAGAUCGUCAGAAGCAGUGCAGACUGGAGCAUGGGCAUUGAACCAGCGGAGCACAGCAUCCAGAACGCCUAUUGCGAAAUCAUUCGGAACGCCAAACACUACGUGUACAUUGAAAAUCAAUUCUUCAUCACAGCGACCGCUCAAGACGAUACUAACGCAGUACAUAACCAGAUAGGAGCCGCCAUUGUCGAUGCAGUUGUGGCGGCAGGGAAGGAGGGUCGCAACUUCCGAGUUAUCAUAGUGAUCCCAGCAGUUCCAGGCUUUGCAGGAGAUCUACGAGAAAAUGCAGCAGCCGGGACAAGGGCCAUCAUGGAUUACCAGUUCAAGAGCAUCUGUCGCGGUGAACACAGUAUCUUUGAGAAGGUCAAGGCCCAAGGCAUUGACCCGACCAAGCACAUCUUCGUCUUCAACCUCCGUUCGUACGAUCGUAUUAAUGUCACUGAUACGCUCAAGAAGCGUGAGGCGCAAUCCGGCAUGACGUAUAUGGAAUUGGAACAAGCCGAAAUCGAAGAACUAGAGGCAGAUCCUGAUGAGGGAGAGGAGGCACGUAAGCGUGCAGCCGAUUUGAGGGCGAAGUUCUCGAACCAGUCACAAGACGUUGGAAUGGGUGACCAGGGUGGAAUUCUUGAUCCCGACUCCAUCGCCGAUGAUGCCAUGCUCACGGACAAAAAGCCCAGCACUGAAGAGUGGGAAGGUGACCCAGAAGAGGAAAAAGAGCACUUUUUCCAAGAAGAAUUGUACAUCCACGCCAAACUCUGUAUCGUCGACGAGAAGUAUGUCAUCUGUGGCUCGUCCAAUAUCAACGAUCGAUCCCAGCUUGGUUUCCACGACUCAGAGUUGUCUGUCGUCCUACAGGACAAAGAUGAGAUUGAUAUCGAGCUAGAUGGCAAGCCCUACAAAGCGGCGCGCCUCGCGCACGAUCUUCGCAGCAAUCUAUGGCGGGAACACCUUGGCCUUCUCCCACCUCAAACUCUCGACGGAUCUGAAGACCCCAAUGCCCAACCCCCGGGUCACUCACCCAAUGACACCCUUCCAGGCCCCGAAGCCGAUUUUGUCUCCGAUCCGCUUUGCCCCAGACUCUGGGACGAGUGGUGUGAACGCGCAUCCACGAAUACCGAGGUUUUCCGGACUCUCUUUCAUGCCGACCCCGACGAUUGUAUCUUGACGUAUGAAGACUACGACUCGUUUACACCAAAUCCCAAGGCAGACAAGGACCAUAAACAGGGUCAUUUGUACGACAAGGUACGACCUGUCAAGGAGAUUCGAGCAGAGUUAGACCGUGUGAAGGGGCAUUUGGUUUGGAUGCAAUUGAAGUUCCUGGAAAACGCAGAUUUGGCGGAGAAGGGGCUGGCCGUCAAUUCGUUUACAGAGAGUAUCUACACUUGA